AUGAGUGCACCGACCUCUUUCUUCCGGGUUAAUGGCGUGGACAUUACACACCUCUUCAUCGCGUUCGGUGCUGUGGCAAUUUGGUCUACUUUGACCCUUACCAUUCGUCUUUUCACCACCAUGAAGAAGCGUCCUGGAAUCUACUUUUAUUCUAUCUUGAUCGCUACGUGGGGUCUGACCAUACGUCAAGUCGGCAACUUUAUCCAGUUCUAUGCACCGAGGUGUCCGUGGCAGGUCGGCUUCACGAUGCAACAGCUUGGAUGGGUUGGCAUGAUUAGUGGGUUCUCGAUGGUACUCUACAGUCGACUCACCAUAAUCUUGGAAAGUCAUAGAGCACGACUAGUUGUGCUUGGUAUGAUCAUCUUUAAUGGUUGUGUGUGGCACACAGUCAUGAUCACAGUGCUAUCAGGCAUGAGGACGACGCAAUAUGCAGGACGUCCAACUGACACACGCGCGUGGAAGUAUGUUCACGACCGCGUCGAGAAGGUCCAAGUCGUGACCUUUGCUGUCCAGGACGUCAUUCUUUCCUGUCUCUAUCUACGCGCAGCAUACCAAUACCUCCAGGGCCGAUUCACACAGUCAAGUAAGACACGGAGCGUUAUGUGUCUUCUUUUACUUGUUCAAUUCGUCGCCAUUGCUUUCGAUGUCGCCAUCGUCUUUAUGGACUUUGCAGGUUAUCUGCAGCUCAAAUUUAUUGUUUUCAGCUUUGCUUAUGCUGUAAAAUUAGAGCUGGAGUUUGUGGCACUCAACCAACUAGUGGAAUUGAGUAAGAUGGGGCUGCCAGGAAUAGCUUCCAUGAGUUUGAGGGCUUUUGAGACGGACGAGAGCGACGUUAUGGUGAACAAGAUGCCGAGCACUGCGAUUCGUACACCUUCAGUGGCGAAGAUGGGACCAGGUGAAACUUCAUCGGAUACGCGACCUUGCGCGCCGCAAAGCUCGAGUGAUACCUUGGAUUUCAUAACGACAUCAGGACAACUGUAUGCAUGA